UACAGCACACCACCUAGAAAUAUAGAAACCCAUUUAUAUUCUCCAGCUCCUCCCCCCUCUCUCUCUCUCUCUAUUUCCCAUUAUCGUGGUGUUCUUCUUUUUUUGGUUUCCCGGAGAGAAAGAUUGAGAGAGAUCCCAGUGAGGGUUCUUUGGUUUGAGUCAUGGGAAGGGGAAGGGUUCAGUUGAAGCGGAUAGAGAACAAGAUCAAUAGGCAGGUGACUUUCUCAAAGAGAAGGUCUGGGCUGCUCAAGAAGGCGCAUGAGAUUUCUGUGCUCUGCGAUGCUGAGGUCGCUUUGAUCGUCUUUUCCACCAAAGGCAAGCUCUUUGAGUACUCCACUGAUUCUUGCAUGGAAAGAAUCCUUGAGAGAUAUGAAAGAUAUUCGUACGCAGAGAGGCAGCUUCUUGGAAACAAUCAUGAUCAGGAUCAAGAUAUCGAUCAAUCAAAUGGAAACUGGAUUCUAGAACAUGCAAAGCUCAAAGCGAGGGUGGAGGUUUUACAUAGAAAUCAAAGUCAUCUUCUGGGGGAAGACCUCCAAUCUUUGAGUAUGAAAGAGCUUCAAAAUUUGGAGCAGCAACUUGAUUAUGCUUUGAAGCACAUAAGGUCUAGAAAGAACCAACUUAUGUACGAAUCCAUUUCGGUGCUCCGGAAAAAGGAUAAGGCGUUGCAGGAGCAAAAUAAUUUGUUGACAAAGAAGGUCAAGGAGAAGGAGAAAGCAGCAGUCAGCAGUGUCACACAGUCACAGGGGCAGGCGCAAACACAAUGGGAGCAGAUGCAGAGGCACAGCUUGAACUCCUCCAGCAGUACCCUUCCACCUCAGGCAUCGCAGUCCUUAAAUUUCGGAGGCACCUCUGGAGACCAUGAUCAGGAUGAAGAAACCCCAUCUCCACCUCAGCAUCAAGCCGCCGCUGCCAACAGUAACGCGAUCCUGCCAUCUUGGAUGCUCCGCCACCUUAAUGAAUAGAUGAUCUACAAUAGCGAGUUAAUUAAGCAAAGUAUUGAUAAAUUGAUUUGUCUAUAGUCUAUAUAUAUACACUGGCCAACUGCUAGCUCAAAUAUAGUGUCUGGUGUAAGCUUAUUGAAAAAAAUUUAGUCCAAAAGGGAAAAGAGGUACGGUUUUACAUCCAUAUAUAAGCAUCUGAAUUUAAUAAUGAGAGCUGUUCUUUAAUUAACUUGUGAUAUAUUUAAGAACGUACUUAAGCAGCAGUGCAGCACUACAUCAGGU